CAGCAUCCCGCGCGCCGCCGACCCACUUCCGGAGCCCGCGGACAGCAUGGCGGCGUCCGAGGAGCGCGAUUCACCGGCUGAGGUGCCCCAGAUGGCGGUGGAGGAGGCGGAAACGAAAACAUUUAAAGACCUGGGUGUGACAGAUGUGUUGUGUGAAGCUUGUGACCAGUUGGGAUGGACAAAGCCAACAAAGAUCCAGAUUGAAGCUAUUCCUUUGGCCUUACAGGGUCGUGAUAUUAUUGGGCUGGCGGAAACCGGCUCUGGGAAGACAGGGGCCUUUGCUCUGCCCAUUCUGAAUGUGCUGCUGGAGACGCCUCAGCGUUUGUUUGCCUUAGUUCUCACCCCCACUCGGGAGCUAGCCUUUCAGAUCUCAGAGCAGUUUGAAGCCCUGGGGUCUUCUAUUGGGGUGCAAUGUGCUGUGAUUGUAGGUGGAAUUGAUUCAAUGUCUCAAUCUCUGGCCCUGGCCAAAAAGCCACAUAUAGUAAUAGCAACUCCUGGUCGACUAAUUGACCACUUGGAAAAUACAAAAGGCUUCAACUUAAGAGCUCUCAAGUACUUGGUCAUGGAUGAAGCAGACCGAAUAUUGAAUAUGGAUUUUGAGACAGAGGUUGACAAGAUCCUUAAAGUGAUUCCCCGAGAUCGGAAAACAUUUCUCUUCUCUGCUACGAUGACCAAGAAGGUGCAAAAACUGCAGCGAGCAGCGCUGAAGAAUCCUGUGAAAUGUGCUGUUUCCUCUAAAUACCAGACGGUUGAAAAGUUACAGCAAUAUUAUCUUUUUAUUCCUUCUAAGUUCAAGGAUACCUACCUGGUUUAUAUUCUAAAUGAAUUGGCUGGAAACUCCUUUAUGAUAUUCUGCACCACCUGUAACAAUACUCAGAGGACAGCUUUGCUACUCCGAAAUCUUGGAUUCACUGCCAUUCCCCUCCAUGGACAGAUGAGUCAGAGCAAGCGCCUAGGAUCCCUUAAUAAAUUUAAGGCAAAAGCUCGUUCCAUUCUUUUAGCAACUGAUGUUGCAAGCCGUGGUUUGGACAUACCUCAUGUGGAUGUAGUUGUUAACUUUGACAUUCCUACCCAUUCCAAGGAUUACAUCCAUCGAGUAGGUCGAACAGCUCGAGCAGGGCGCUCUGGAAAGUCUAUUACUUUUGUCACACAAUACGACGUGGAACUCUUCCAGCGCAUAGAACACUUAAUUGGGAAGAAAUUGCCUGUCUUUCCAACCCAGGAUGACGAGGUUAUGAUGCUGACAGAACGUGUGUCUGAGGCCCAAAGAUUUGCCCGAAUGGAGUUAAGGGAGCAUGGAGAGAAGAAGAAGCGCUCGUGGGAGGCUGCUGGGGACGGUGACGAUAGGGAGGGUGCAAUCGGUGUCAGGAACAAGGUGGCUGGAGGAAAAAUGAAGAAACGGAAAGGCCAUUAAUCUCUUUUAUAAAGACUUGACUUCUGCUUUCUGUUCUGUAAAGAGGAUUGAAGGAGAGAAUGGGACCUCUCCCUCCAGAGUGCUGCAGGCUGAAAUCCAUCAGAAUUGUGUCCAGAAUCUGCCCAGCUCACUCAGUGCUCAUCCCCCUUUCCGUGUGUUAGAACAUCGUUGCCUGCAGAAUAUUUUUGAAGUGCUGAUGUCAAGAUUCGGACUGUUCUUCAGCUUUGGUUCCUUGCUCCUGACACUAGUAAGAUAUGUUCUCCUAUCCCUUCACACAGACCUGUGCUUUUUUCAGCUGCAAGUCAAGGACUGGGCUAAUGAAGCCCUUGACCUGUGAUUGUAAAGGAAAGGAGCUUCUAGAUCUAAAAACAGUGAUGCUUCCGCAGUCUCAGCUUGUGUUUCGUGAGACCAAAUGGGAAAUAAUAAAUUUAAAUAUUAUUAAAAAAA